AUGGAAACAACGAAAGCGACUUGUUUUUGUAUGGCUGUCUUUUAUGUGUUAACUUUUGGUAUGUGGUCUGCACAGGCGACGAGCGAAGGUGCCAAUUCUCUCUUCUUAUUUUCAAGUACUAUUAAUUACUAAGUAAAAACCAACAAAUGAAAAGUCAACAUAUUAGAGCUAGUGAACGAGAAUGUGAUAUUUACAGUAACUAUUAGGACAGGCCUACAUCGUUAUUAAUAAAAACCCUGAGAAUUCACCCUUGAAGAUCAGGUAUUACAGGCAACAUUUUCGCUCAACCUGUCGCGCAACAUUGUUGCAUUGCAAGUUAAAAAGCAUUGCUGCCCACUUGACCUCGGGAAAAUUUAGGCAGGAAGUAAAUUUGGUGGAGGUUGUGGAGGUUUUUUAGAUUUUAUGUAAAGAACUUGACAAGCCCCAUGUCUGUGGAAAACUUGUUGAGCGGAUUAUAAAAACAAGUAGCGGAGGACAAGAGCUUUGGAUGAGUUUUCACUUUAUGUUCAAAAAUUUAAGCAACAAUGAUUCCCGAUUCAAGUUCCUUUUCCAGCUAAUGGUAAAGGCCCCACAAUUUCUUCCCGCAAAGCAUCCACUCUAUUAUGUAAACAUUUCAGUUUCUUUUGUGUAGUUUUGAUCUUCUUCGCCCACUGAUAAUGCUAAACCAAGGAUGGCUAUCCCUCACUUUCUUAGAAAGGCCAGCUCUUCAACUGAUUGUGUUUGCUGACACAAAACACAGAGCUGACCAUUCACAACGCAAUAUGUUUUUAACGAGCCUCAAAUUGCAGCAUUGAAAUUUGCUGCGUGACAAGUUGUGGGCGAAUGUGGUAAUACGGGCAACAACGCUUUUCAACUUGCAAUGCUAGCAAUAAUGUUGCGCAACAAGUUGAGCGAAAAUGUUGACCGUAUUACUUAAGCUUAACGUGGAUGUGAAACCUGACUUCAAACCUGGAGCCCCUCUCUCGAAGGUCCGAAAACUUUACGGGCCCGAAGGCAAAUUUUAAAGUCAAAACUUGUUGAAUAAUGGCACAGUUCUUAGCUCACAAACCAGUUCAAUUUUGCUUUGUUAACUGAUGGUAUUAUUGGAUGAUUUUCAAAAGGAUUGGAACCUUGAUCUUCAAUGCAAACAGGACAAACACGAAGCACCUUUUCGGGGUCGAAUAGUCAUCGGGACUUUCAAUUCGAGAAACAGGCCCCUGACAUGAGAAAUCAGGCCAAGUUUGAACAGCUGUGAAGUCACUUGUGAGUUAGCAAACAAGAUGGUGUUGGAUAAGUGGCGGAUAGUUAUGCCAUUCACAUUAUCUCUUAUUCACCAAAGCAAAUUUAAAGGCCAGGGUUUAAUAUCUAGUAAGACCUGAUAGUCACACUGAUAAUCUGAAAAUCUGAAAAAUUAGUCCACUCGAAUUUGAUAUUUACUUCUAGAUUAAAAGACUCAUAUUUUCAAGGUUAGUUUUUGGGGGGUUGUAACAAAGGAAACUUAUUGAGGAUGAAAUUUAACAGAAAAAGAGAUGGAGAGGGUGGAGGGUGGGGGGACUCUCCGUGACAUACAGUUUAAUUUUCAUUGCUACAAAUUUUCGAUUGAUAUUCAAAACGUUGCUAGGGGAAAAGUAACUUCAUGCCACCACCCCACCCUCCAAACCACUCACCAGCUUAAUAAAUUGUAACACUGUAUUACUUUGAUUUUAAAACAGCUUACACCAGAUCGAAUCACACCAUGGAAGACACCAUGUACGAUCACUACAUGCUAAUUCAGGAACAUUCAGCAAAAGUUGGUAGGUGCCAUUCAAAUAUCAAGUCGAAAAAAGAAUAAAAAGGAAUGAAAAAAUGCUUAGAGGAAAAAUAUAUUGACCACUUCCGAUAUUCUCAAGUUAGAUUUCGCGUACGACCGUGGGUCAGUAUUAGUAAUCAGUCUUAAAUGGAUAGGAAAAAAAAUGGGUAAAUGGAAACCUUUAAUUUCUUUUCAAGUGAACUUCGUUUAACUUUCUUGAUAUGUUCUGGAUAGGGCUGUAGUUAAGAGUGUGAGCAAAGGAAUUGGUUAAAAGCGAGAGAUCUAGAUUAGAAGCUCGUGAGAGAGAACUAAAAAAUUACGUGCACAAAUGGCAGUUCUCUUCUUUUGUUUGCGUUAAUUCGUUGACAGUCUUAUUUUUUUUAUAUAAAUAUUUUGGGAAGAGUCUUAUUCAUUUUGUAUAUUUUCUAGUCUAUACGUUGGAUGGAAACGCUAAAAACGCACCAUGUGUGUUUCCGUUCAUCUUCGAAAACAAAACGUACAGGGAAUGCACAUAUGACGGCUGCAAACACGGAAAAACAUGGUGCGCAACUACAGACAACUAUGACAAAGAUAAGAAAUGGGGGCACUGCCAAACAGAUGAAGAGGCUCCGGAUUGCAUGGACGUGCACAGUAACUGUGGAGAGUGGGCACUACACGGCGAGUGCUUAACUAAUCCUUCUUAUAUGCGGAACAGCUGCCCGCGAAGCUGUGGCAUAUGUACCUUCGGUGGAAAUGGCCGUGGAAGAGCCUGCACGUUUCCGUUUUUCUUUAAAAAUCGACUCGUUUACGAUUGUAUGUCCUUUAAUAAGAAGAAGUGGUGUGCAGUAACAGUAAACUACAAUAAAGACAAGAGAUGGGGCUAUUGCCUUCCCAAAUGUAAGCAACUGACGAUUAGUAGUAUGAUAUACAGCUAUAGCCUUUAGGCUCUUUUACAUUGGUGUACUUUGUGACCUGGCCUUUUGAGUGUAAGAGAGGCUGGAUUUGAUUCUAACGUUAGGUCACUGAAUUUAAACCCCAGGGCUCAGUUCUUCAAAGCUGGGUUAAGAUAAUCCAGGGUUAGUGCGAGAUUUGAGUUCAGAUUUGAAACCUUAAAAAGCAUUUCAGUUUCAAUUCUUUUUGUGUCCAAGUUGAUGAUGGGAAACUCUAAUAAAGAACAGAGAAAAUUAUCCGAGAAAAUGCUUUAGAACAAACGAAAAGAAACCCUCGUUAAAUUUAACCCCGGGUUAAGUGCAAAUCAGCCUUCGAACAACUGGACCCAGGUAUAAACCACUAAGAUUUGUACCAUAAAAGUCAACGCAGCAUCACUUCUACGCAACGUAAGACACACGUAUAGACCUUAGGGGUAGAGGCUGGUCGUUGCCUUUCCGCUCUGAACCUUGGCUUGCUGAUAGAAUUUUAUUCUCAUCUCCGUAUACAUCAUAUGUGAUCACAUGUAACUGAUUCCAUGUUCAAGCAAUCGCGAAGACAGACAAAUCAAUAUUUAAGCUUAAAUUGUGGCAACAACAAUUUUUGAACAGACUGCAAGGUUAUGAAUAAAAAAGAAUACAAACUACUAACAAUACAGAACGUUUUCAUAUGACGUCACGGCGGCCAUAUGGGUGUUCCAAAACAAUAAAACGGCGGCCAUGUUGGUUUUCCAAACCAAUCCUCUGGGAGCUGAUCUCUUUUCUUAUGUAAACAAUAUCCUUUUGUUCCUAUAAAUUUGCAUAGAUGCUGGUCACGUGAGUGAAAACGCUCUAUACAUCAUCAGUUCAGAUGCUCUGACUACUCGCUAAUUAAGUAAUGACCCGGGUAAGGUGGAUAGCAAUUUCUUUUGUUAUGCGGCAACGGUGCUUUCCCCACAUAGGAAUAUUCUCAUUUUUACACAGAGAAUGCAUAAACCUACAUGAAGGCCGUUUACGCAAUAAAAUGCAUUUACACUCCACUUUGAAAGGGUACUUUUUUGUGCUAAAAGAUUUUGACCAAUCACAAGAAUAAUAGCCAAGAAAAGUUUACAAUUUUACAUGUUCCCCACAUAGGAUUUCUUUCUUAUUCAAACUGAGACCAGAUUUUGUUAUAUGGAAGAUGGUUGGAAAGUAAGGAUGAAUAUAUGUACCGCUUUAUGACGUUUUGGUAACUUUUGCUGUUUAAGCCAAUCAGAAGUAAGUACAGACAAUAGAAAACUUAGCACCUUUUUUGCAUUCCAACAUGUUCGUUGCCGUUGUUGCUAUCGCUCUUAUCUGGACCGUUUCUUAAAACGAAUAUGAACCAAAACAGCUUUCCCAACCCAUUCCAUAACUCGUUGCCAUUCCCGUCAGAUAUGACGAACCAUACAGCAUACUGGGACACGCUGGAAAUGCUACGAUCAGUAAAUGUAAAAUAAUAAUAAUAAUAAUUCAAUUCGUUGCAGUGUUCAGAACUAUAAAACAGAUAAAUAGCAUGUAUUUGACUUGGGGCGAGUGUGAUGACCGACACAGAAAAUGUUCACAUUGGAGGAGCCGGGGGCUUUGUGAAAAAAAGGCCAAAAGGAUGGAUCAUUGGUGCCCUUGGGCUUGCCAUAAGUGCGUACCAGAAAAACUAGGUGAGAUCUACAUCUACAUGGAAUAAAUUAAGAGAAUACAAGAUUGUGAUGGCGACACACUAAGAGAGCAUAAUGAUCCGGUUGGGGGGGUACUUGGGUUAAUGUUUCCUGGGUAUUGUGCCGCUUGCCUCUCAGAGCCCCUACCCCAUUAUAGUCUUUUUUUGGCCAAUUAUAGACCUCAUCUUAGUCACUUUUUGGAAAAUGCAAUUUUCGCGAUCCCUAGUUAGUCACUUUCUAUUUAUGCAUUUACCUUAUUAACGUGGUCUCAAGCAAUGCAAUGCGGUCCAUCCGAGCUUAUUGUUAAAUUUAAUAAACAACAACUUUUUCUUUUUAACCGAGAUUCUUCCCAUUUUGAAUCUUCACUUACCCCCAAAAUCCGAAAAUUUACGACCCCAUUCUCGUAACUCUAUUGAAAAUGCAACCCCGUUGUAGUCAAUCCAGUCCUGAAAAUGCGACCCCAUCCAGCGGCACAUCCCCAUUAGCCUCUUAGUAACCCUCCCCCCUCCCACUCCCCCACGGGAUAACGACCAACUAUUCUCUCUUCACAACUCUGAAUAAAAGUUUGCCGACCUCUCCGGAGGCCAAUUUCCUCUUAAUUUCAAUUUUGAAUAACUUUUACUUUACGUGUACUCUGUAAAAUGAAAACUAAUUCACUUAUUAUUCAGUCUCUUGAGAACAAAAAAGAAAACAUAACCUGUAGUCGCGCUUGCUUACUGUAAAGCUUUGAUGGGAGUAGGAAAAUUUCUCUGUUUUGAGAAGAUGGUGGCUUACAAGCAAGAGCUCAUUCCAGCCUCAUCCUGUAGAAUAUCAUAAUUCUGUGUUUCAGUAAACAUUGAGUGGUAGUUAAUCCAUAACUGACCAUGAGUUAAUUCAAAAAUUCAAAGCCAGUCCAAACGCCUUCUUCCCCCUUAGGUGGACAAUAAUUUGCUGAACAGAUGUGUCAAGUCCUGCUGGACCUGCUACCUUUGCAUGAUAUAUUGCAACGUGUUUUUAAUUUGCAUUUACUUAACAUAUGUACAUAUUUGUUCGUUUGUUUAUUUAUCUUACAGUGUUGGACCCUUUAUGUCGGGAUUGCGUCUCUUCUUGUGACACCUGGGCCAAAAGAGGUCUUUGCACCAGCAAACCAGUGUUCAUGUUUGGAUUUUGUCGCUUGACAUGCGGACUAUGUUACAAUUCAUCAAGUAAGUCACGCUGUUUUGGUAGAGUUUUAAAUGGGGGUGCGAAGACAUUUAAGUCAGUAUCUACAUCACGGCCUAAUUUGCUUUAACUAUCAUAAAACACGAGAUAAUUUAAAUCUUUUCACGAGUGCGAGUAUUGCUUCGCUCUCCACUAAUGUUGCUUUCACGGAUUUGCACAAUCGUCUUUAAAUUUAACACUGAACAGGGGGAGGUCUAGAAAUCGGCUACUGUUUCUAAAAAAAUAUCAUGACCACGAUUGAAGCCUCAAUACUUGCCUUUAAACUUUAUAUUAUUCCUCCUCUUAUAUCCUUUAUUGCCAAACAUUGUCUCAAUUUGCCAGAGACAUUUCAAUGUGAUAUACAGUUUAGGGUAGGAUAUAUCGCGUCUGCGUAAAAGUUUUAAUCUUUUUCAUUCAUUUUAGUAAUUUGCUUCAUUAGUUAUCAUGUAACUAGUAUAUAAUAGUGGUCCGAGUGGGUAACAUGUAGGGACCGAGCCACUUUCAUAGAAUGAUUUUUGAUAUGCUAUUAAUAAACAUUUGCUAUUCACUCAAAUGUAUUGAAACAACAGAAAGCGUUUACAUAACAAAAGAGUUCAGCUCUCACAGGGUUCUUUUAGAACACCAAUAUGGCUGCCGUUUACUUGUAGCUGUUUGGAAAACCAAUAUGGCGGCCAUGACGUCAUGACAAAACGCUCUAUUGUGGCACCUUGUUAUUAGGUCUGCAAAGUCAAAACUGCCUUAUAAAACGAUUUGUGUCAGUUGUGAUUCCUACCUUAACUUUCUCUCCUUAGGCAGCAUAUCAGUUGAAGAUAGAAUGGCAAAAGAAUGUCCUGCUUGGGCAGAGAAAGGUUAUUGCGAGACGUAUGAAAAGUUUAUGAUACGUAACUGCCGAACGUCUUGCAUGGCUGGAGGCUAUGUAAAUGGUAAGCGACAACUUUCCUUACGUAAAUAGACGUUUUCUAAGUGUAUGUAUGGAUGGCUUAAAGGUGAUGCUUAAGCCUUUUACUGUCAGAGCAAAUGAUGUAGUUUCGCAGGGUGUUGCCCUGUGCCUUAAAGGGAAUCGAGGAUUCCGGAAUCAGGAAAAUUUAUGCUUGUGGAAUCCGGAAUCCCACUAUGUAUUGGAAGCCAGACUGGAAUCCAGUACCUGGAAUCCGCAAUCCACGGCAUGGAAUCCAAACUUCAAGAAUAGAACCAUUACUUGAGGCGAAAGGUGACUGAUUGACUGGCCAGAUCCUUGCCGUCGUAAUGAGAAUUUCAUUUUUAAUCAAAACUAUACAGCCACACCAGUCAAAUCCUAAAUAGUGUGCAGGAAGGAGAUGGUUUUUCAGCAAAACCCUUGGAAAAAGUCGAUUUCAUUGUCAAAUUAAAUGGUCUGGCAAUGGUCCGGCUGGCCAGUUCUGACAAAUGGAAAGCGCCUUAAGUCUGUAAGCAAAAGCCUAUACGGUGUGACCAUUCAGAUGAAACAUUCGUUACCGUUAAUUUCACAUAUCACCGUUUGUAUUCUAUCACUUAACAAAAUGAAAUUUAGCAAUUUUCUUAAAAUUUUGUCCUUGGAAACCUUUGACAGUGACAGGGUUAAGCAUUAUUAUGUUUUCUUUAUUUUCACAGGAAAACGUUGCUUGGAUGGUGUAACACAUUGUCAUCACUGGGCCAAAGAAGGAUACUGUAACGCUCGAGGAGAUAACAGCAGAUAUUCCUUGCGAAAUAACAUGAGACGACACUGUCGCUAUAGCUGCAAAAUGUGCGACUGA